UUCCAUCUCCAGUGGGUCACCUUAAAAGCGCACAACAACGCAAGCGUACAGCGAGGUUUCAAUUUUUUUCUCUAAAGCCGGACUCGGGCCGCGGAUCGCAACAAGGUUGACGCACUGAGGCAAAAACGAACGAACGACCCCAACCAGGAGAAUGUCUGAACCCAUGUACCGCGAUUGGAUUUUGGACACUAUUGACUCACUGCGGUCGCGAAAAGCCAGACCAGACCUUGAAAGAAUUUGUCGAAUGGUCCGGAGACGACAUGGAUCAGCGCCAGAACAAACCAGCGAGGAACUCGAGAAACUGAUCCAAGAGCAAACAGUCUUGAAAGUUAACUACAAGGGCUCGAUUUCCUAUCGAAAUGCAGCCAAAGUAGUCAGAAGAAGCAGGAAAAAGGAUGACCACACGGCCAUAAGAACUACCGUGGAAGAAGCUAACCACUCUGAUUUGAGCAACGGGGACAGCGCGCUAGGUCCCAUUGACCAGGAUGAGACGGAGCAUUUGGAGAAUGAGCUGCCAGUGUCAAUGGAGACAGACAGCACCAUGGAAGAGGAGGAAGAACAGGAGGGGCCUGAUGAAGAUGGCCAUGAGGGCUCCUCUCCCUCUCCUGGGGGUGAGGAUGCUGUGCAGGGGGGGUCUGGUGCUUCCCCCCCCUACUCUGCCCCCUGCUCCCCCAGCAGCUCUCGCCCUGGCCACAGCCCUGUAUCUGACCGCCCCUCUACCUGCAAGACCAGUAAGAGGUCCAGCCCUCUGUCACCCUCUAGUCCCCUGGCCCUCAGGCAGAAUGACUGUGUGUGUGACUCUGCCUUCUGCCCUGCUGAUCAUGGACCCCCAGGGAUGCAGAGAAACACAGGAACUGAGGAUGGGGUGAGGAUGGAGGAGAGUGGCCUCACUUCUGACCAACUGGUUCCUGACUGUGUGGAUGAGACCAUGAAGGGUUCUGACAGACAGCCCAAGACGUCUUUUCCCUCUGACGACUGUGCUAAAUACAAGAAGGGGAUGGACGUUGCCUCUUACGUGAUGGCUCAAGACGAUGUCAAGAACGAUGUGAAAAACAGAGAAAUCUCUGUGAAGAAGGAGACGCUGAGGCAGAACCUAUUGCUGUGGAGCGUGGCGGACGUGGCCACCUACAUCUCUGCUGCAGGCUUUCCAGAGCAGGCAGUAGCUUUCAGAACACAGGAAAUUGAUGGAAAGUCCUUGCUCCUGAUGCAGCGCAGUGACGUGUUAACUGGCCUGUCCAUCAGACUUGGGCCCGCCCUAAAGAUCUACGAGCGCCACGUGAAGAUGCUGCAGAGGACCCACUUUCUGGAUGAGGAGGAUGAUCUCUGACCACGGUUGGGGGGAACAGAACAACACACUCCUCUAAGGAGCAGAUGUAUUCAUACAGUAUACAACCAUACUGUGUUCACUGGAUCUCUAGAACCUUCUGUAACCAUUCAAGGAGGUGUGGGGAAAAGGACACCGUGGUCAUGACUUGGGCCUUGACAGUGAUUAUCAACAUGUGUACGUGGGCUUCCAUUCCACCUCUCUGUGGUACUGAUGUCACCUGACCCAUUCUGGUGGUAUUGCUUUUAUAGGACCCCUCUCUAAACUCAUAUAGGAAUGUUAGGAUCCUGCCUAAUGACGCUAUAGAAGUCAAAUGGAGGUCUGCCUGUUCUGUAAGGGGAGGGCUGCCUGUUCUGUAAGGGGAGGGCUGCCUGUUCUGUAAGGGGAGGGCUGCCUGUUCUGUAAGGGGAGGGCUGCCUGCUCUGUAAGGGGAGGGCUGCCUGCUCUGUAAGGGGAGGGCUGCCUGCUCUGUAAGGGGAGGGCUGCCUGCUCUGUAAGGGGAGGGCUGCCUGCUCUGUAAGGGGCGGGUCAGUGAGUGCAGCCAGUGAGAGACUUUCUCUGGAUUCCUCAGACUCUACACUUGGCUACCACUGGAGCCUCCUUUAAAAGACUGGUUUCUGUGCUCCCUGAGUCAGUUCCACAAGAAAAUAAUAACAUGUAUACUUGGAAUAUCUGUUCCAGCAAAUAUGGUUCUAACAUUUCUUCAAUGUUUACUCAGACAGUAUUUUUUUAAAGACAUGUCAUAUGGUACCCUCCAUUUAUCUAGAAACUCAACGUUGUUUUUCUUUUAUGAUGACAAUGUGAACUGAUAUCAUUUGAGAAUGUACGGUAUGAAUUUGUUGAUUCAUCAAAGGUCAGUGAUGUUGUCAAUCUCUCAUUAUACCAGCAAAGGAAAUGGAGCUUAGUCUCCAGAUGUUCUCAUGGCUGCACCAGUACUGACCUAGGUUUUAUUACUGUUAUCUGUUUCACUAACAUUUAGAAAUAGCAAUAUGUCGUACCUGCUAAACUAAGGCAACAUAAUAGGUUCUUUGUAUGGUUGCCUUCUGCAUUCCUCUUCCCUUAAUUUAUGUUCACGUAAUUUCUAAACAUUUUAGAUGAAUCUAAUUUAAUCUACUGUGGAUGAACCUAGAUUUCAUCUACAAAAUUAAAACAGUUUGAAGCAGAAUUCUAGUUGAAAUGGGCUGGCAGACCAGAACCAACGUAGCUCAAGGCCCCAAUGUUUCUGCCUGCUUCAGCUUGAGGAGAGAGAAACAACUGAAUUCUGUUCUUUCUUUUUUUUUUUUUUGAGGGAAAAUUAACCAACCAAAAAAUGUACUUCAUAACUUUAGGAAGUGUCAUUGUAGCACUAAUACGUUUUUUUUGUUUACAACCUCAACACAGCAACACAAUUCCCCACCACAUGGUAGACAUCUUGAUCAAAUUCAACAUUGUUGUUAUCUGAGAGGAUUACAAUGAGGUCUCUUAAUUUUGCCUUGUGGCUUCUGCUUUUGAAACAACGUCACAUUCCAUAUUUCCAUCUGUUACGUGUUUGAUGUCACACUGUUAAUUGCAAUGUUGGCCCUGUUUCCAGGGGGGGAAAUGAAGUUAUUGUCUUUUCCACUCUUGUAGUGUGAUAUGUAUUA